AUGGGGCAUUUGGCCCAUUCAGCUGAUGUGAGGGCGACCCGAUUAGAGAGAUAUGUCCCCUUGAUGAUUGAGGCUACUAUCUUAGCUGCACUGACUCCCCUUCGGGCUUCUGUUGAUGAUCUAGCUACUAGAGUCACUACUUGUGAGAGCAGGCAGAGGGAGACCUCUGAGGUUACGUCUUUGAGAGCCGAGGUAGCUGACUUAAGGAAGGACGUAGACUGUCAGAAGUCUACUGACUUCACUUCAUUGUUGGAGGCAGCAGAUAAAAUGGAUGCCCCUGAGACUUCAGAGAUUCCUCUGGGUACCACCAGAGACAUACAGAGGGAUGAGGUAGCAGUUGAUGAGUCGGAUGCUGAGACCGAUGAGGAGCAGAUAAAGAUACGAGAGGAGAGCAUAUAUGGAGACUUGUCGGAUAUUGAGGAGACGAUUAUGUAG